GACUCCCGGAUCGCGCCCAUACCUAGACCGUGCACGGCUGCGGGUUUUACUCGGUGCAGAGACCAGUCCCUGCGCUGCAGGCGGGGAAACUGAGGUCCGGGCGCCUGGGGCGGAGCUGGCCCCCGGGCGAGCCCGAGCCCCCGCCCCCGGCCGGCCCCGCCCCGGCCCGUAAGAGGCCCCCUGGGCGCCUGGCGAAAGCGCACAGUGCUGCGCGGGGGCCGAGGCCAGGACCGCGAUGGCAGCUCAGCGGCUGGGCAAGCGGGUGCUGAGCAAGCUGCAGUCUCCGUCGCGGGCCCGCGGGCCAGGGGGAAGCCCCGGGGGGCUGCAGAAACGUCACGCGCGUGUCACCGUCAAGUAUGACCGGCGGGAGCUGCAGCGGCGGCUGGACGUGGAGAAGUGGAUCGACGGGCGCUUGGAGGAGCUGUACCGCGGCAGGGAGGCAGACAUGCCUGAUGAGGUCAACAUUGAUGAAUUGUUGGAAUUAGAGAGUGAAGAGGAGAGAAGCCGGAAGAUCCAGGGACUCCUGAAGUCGUGCAAGAACCCCACAGAGGACUUCGUCCACGAGCUGCUGGUGAAGCUUCGAGGCCUCCACAAGCAGCCAGGUCUCCGCCAGCCCAGCCCCUCCGGUGACAGCAGCCUGAGCCCCCUCCAGGACCCGGCCCGGACCGCGCCACCCUGACCUUCUCGCCUCUGCGGCCCCCUCCUUUCUCCCCUUCACUCCACACCGUCCUGGCUUGUUUAUAAGUUGUAUGUAAUGGUUCUAUAACAACACCGUGUGCCUGUUUUUCCUCUCCCUGAUCACUGGGCUUCCCCGAGCUCCCCCAACACCUCCCUCUCUCCCGCUGCGUCUCCUCGUGUCCCAGCACCCGCAGCUGGCCCGACAGAUGGAGGCUCACGCCUCAGCCAGAGAGCAUGAGAACAGGCCCUGCUGACAUUGCACCCCUGCUCCCCGGGGACUCAUCUUGUCAUUCCCCACCCCCCCCCCCACCCCGCCAGCCUUGGUCGGCCCAGCACAAGCCAGCAAGGCCACAGUAGGUGUCAUUCAGGGUUCCUGUGGGAAUGAUGGUCUGUGGUCCUUGCAUCAUGGGAGACGUGCAAAACCAAACGUGCCCAACAUCACCACAAGACGCCAUGAACAGACCAAUUUAAGGGGGCUUCCUGAAGAAAGUGACAUUGAGGCAAGGCUUUGAAGGAUGCAUGGGAGUUUGUGUGAAACGGGUACCCAUAUCGGAGGACUCUGAACCUUGUGGGUGGAGGGACUGACAUUGAGGCUAAGCCGGGGGAAGAUACCAAUUAUUGGCAGGGCCAUCGGCUAAUCAGGAUGUUCAAGUCCCCUGGAGCUGGAUCAGGGAGGCCCCUGGGCUGGAGCAGGGGGAGGCCUGAAGGGUUACAGGGGAGGGGCUAGGGCUCAGAAGUUGUGGUAGCUAUUUAACCCAAACUAGAAGUAUUUUAGUAUUUUAACAGAUCUAGUUGUACCCGUAGUCCUGGCUGUGUACAGUCGGGAUACGGGGUGGGCCAGGGCCAGAGCAAGGGGAUCUCUGCCCCCGCCCAGGGCAAAGCACACUUCACAUGUUGCCUCUACUACUGACUGGAUUUGAAGUCCCAGCCCCUGUCCUUACCCCGUGCCACCCAGCAGCCCAGCUAGGAUCAGGCACCCAUCCCAGGGGGUCUGAGCUCUGUCUGGCAGGAAGAGAAGACGUGGCUGAAGAAGAGGGGAAUGCAGGGACACCUUGCCUGUCCAGCCCUUCAGGUGGCCUUGCUGUCCCUACACAGACUUCAGGCUUCAGUGUCUCCCUUCCUCCACCUAAAUGUAUAGAGAAUGAAUGUGUGGAAGAUGGAGGCAUCCCUCCUGGCAUCCGAUCACCUGGGCCCAUCUCCCAGAACAUCCUCGGGGGCCCACGGAACCCUUUGAACUUCCCUCUCACAACCUGUUUUUGGUUCCUCGU